GCUCCCUCGGCCUGGCCCAAUCGGCCUGAGCCGCGCUUUCACACCGGCGGCGGCGCGGAAAGGUGGAGGCGGCUGGCCGGGAGGCCGGAGCCGGGCCAGCGAUCCGCCAUGGAGACCCGCUACAACCUGAAGAGCCCGGCUGUUAAACGUUUAAUGAAAGAAGCAGCAGAAUUGAAAGAUCCAACAGAUCAUUACCAUGCACAGCCAUUAGAGGAUAACCUUUUUGAAUGGCACUUCACAGUUAGAGGGCCCCCAGAUUCUGAUUUUGAUGGAGGAGUUUAUCAUGGACGAAUAGUACUGCCCCCCGAGUAUCCCAUGAAACCACCAAGCAUUAUUCUUUUAACGGCUAAUGGACGAUUUGAAGUAGGCAAGAAAAUCUGUUUGAGCAUCUCAGGACAUCAUCCUGAAACUUGGCAGCCUUCGUGGAGUAUAAGAACAGCAUUAUUAGCCAUCAUCGGGUUUAUGCCAACAAAAGGAGAGGGAGCCAUAGGUUCUCUAGAUUACACACCAGAGGAAAGAAGAGCGCUUGCCAAAAAAUCCCAAGAUUUCUGUUGUGAGGGAUGUGGCUGUGCCAUGAAGGACGUCCUGUUGCCUUUAAAAUCUGGAAGUGACUCAAGCCAAGCUGACCAGGAAGCCAAGGAACUGGCUAGACAAAUCAGUUUUAAGGCAGAAGUCAAUUCAUCUGGAAAGACUAUCGCUGAAUCGGACUUAAACCACUCUUUUUCACUAAAUGAUUUACAGGAUGAUAUACCUGCAACAUUCCAGGGUGCUACAGCCAGUACAUCGUACGGAGCCCAGAACCCCUCAGCAGCAUCCCUUCAACAACCUGCUCAACCUGUAGCUAAGAAUACCUCCAUGAGCCCUCGACAACGCCGAGCCCAGCAGCAGAGUCAAAGACGGUCGUCUGCUUCCCCAGAUGUGAUCCAGGGCCAGCAGCCAAGAGACAACCACACUGAUCAUGGCGGAUCCGCUGUCCUGAUUGUCAUCUUGACUUUGGCAUUGGCAGCUCUUAUAUUCAGACGAAUAUAUCUGGCCAAUGAGUACAUAUUUGACUUUGAGUUAUAAUAUUGUUUUGUGUCUUAAGAGCUGUGACUCUGCUGCUUCAUUAAACAUUCUGCAUUGGGUAUAAUCUAAGAAUUGUUUACAAAAAGAUUAUUUUGUAUUUACCCUUCAUUCCUUUUUUGAUCCUUAUAAAUUCAGUAUAAAUAUAGCUAGACUUUCAGACUGUAUCCUGCUUAGUUCAAGGGACUGAAGUCACAGCCCCUUGUCUCACCAUAUGACCUGCUUUACAGGGAAAUAACUUAUUGUUGUUUCUCAUGCCUCGGCUUCUUUUUUGUAAAUUUGUGAUACUUUUCUGCAUAGCCCUUUGACAUUUUUGGAUAAAAGAUGGUGUUUUAAGUUCCAGUGAGUAUUACUAGUUAUUCAGUACCAUUUAUUGAGUACUCUAUUUCUACUUAGGUAGAAUGAUAACAGGGAUAAGAGUUGAAAAGGGAAAGUAGAGCUCUUCAAAUAGUUUGCUGAGAAUGUCAUUCAUAGAAGAUGCACUGGAAUUGCCCAUUCUGUGACUGACUUUGUGUCCUAAAUGUUGCUCAGUGAAAGUAACAAUUUCAGUCAAAUAGUUAUGAAGAAAUGAGAUUACAUCUUUGUUCCUGGAUGUUAUUUGAAGAGGAAAGGAUGCUUUGAAACCACUUUGAUAUGCUGUUAUCCCAUUCUCUCCCAAAUAUACACAAGAUUUAAAAAUAAAAAAGGAAACAACCCUCCAUAGAUUUUUUUUUUAAGGAAGGAAGGGUCCAAGCCAGAAAUCAGUUGAUUUUCUUCCAGAAGUCAAGUGGAAGGAUCUUCAGAUUUUAAUGUUUGCUCUGCUUUGAAUUGUAUAUCUUUUGAAGGUAUUACAUGUCUAGCUUUGUAGUCACUAUAAAUGUAAUUAUUCCAGGAAUAUGCAUAAUGUUGAAAUAUUUUAUGUACCGUUUCAAUAGAAAAGCUCAGGGCCCAAGUAACAGUGAUAGAAAUGAGAAAAACCUUUACUUAGAAUUGUCCACCUAAUCAAAACCCAAGAAAUAAUUGUCAGUGCAAAAUCAAUAUAUAACUUAGUGCUAGCUAACUUCACAGAUUCUAGUAGAUAAUUUUAUCAUCAUAAUGCCUGAUGAGAACAUAGAAUCACAGAAAAGCAUUGCCUUCAGCAUGUUUGGUAACAGCGUUGAGGGCACUCUUAAGAGUACUUGUUAAUGAAGAUGUAGUUUUUAAAUAUAGGCAGUCCCCAGCUCUCAAAUAGGUUAUGUUCUAAGGGUGCAUUUGUGAGUUUUUUUUAACAACUCAAUGUUGUAAGUGGUGUUCAGGUUCUAGAAAGUCCACAAAAGUUUGUCCAUAAUGUAUCUUGAAUACUUUGGAGGGUGGUGUUCAUAAAGUCCUUAGUGUAGUUUUAACUGAAAUUAUGGGCAAGAUAGAAACAAUUUGUAAAAUGCUAUUAAAGGCAAAUUUAAUUUUUA